AUAAGCUAAUGGAAGAAACAGAAGAGCUGUGUCUGCAGAGGGAGCAAAAAGAGGAACUUGAGCGUCUGAACCAGGUCCUGGAAGCAGAGAAGCACCAGUUCGAAGAGGUGGUACGGGAGCUGCGGCUGGAGCAGGAACAGAUCAGACAGGAGCUAGAGCUCACAGCCCGCUCCCUUAAAGGAGUGGAGGAAGAAAAGAAAGAGUUGCGAAGCCUGACACAGUCCUUACAGAAAACCCUAGAGGAGCUCUCCCUGGAAAAGCAGCAAAUGCUGGAGAUGCUGGAAGAAAACGAGAGCCAGCUGUCACCUCCAACCAGCCCCAGCAAGGAGCAAAGCCCCAGCUGGGGACUGCACUGCAGCCUGCAACAGAUUGAAGAGAAGAUGCAGCAACUUCUGGAGGAGAAACUCCUGGCAGAGAAGAGGAUGAAGGAGAAUGAGGAGCGGUCCCGAGCACUGGAGGAGGAGAGGGAGUUUUACUCUUCCCAGUCACGGGCGCUGCAGAACUCUCUCUUGGAGCUGACUGCGGAGAAGCAGCAGACAGAGAGAGACCUCAAGGCUGAGGUGAAGGUGCGCAUGGAUCUGGAGAAGAGACUGAGAGAAGCUGAGAAAGCAUUGCAGAGCUUGGAGCAAGGCUUAAAUUCUCUGGAUUUCAACAAGGAGAAAGAGGAGAAGAUGAAAGCAGAUGUUAGUAACUUGAGAAAGUUCUUUGAAGAGUGCAUCCGCAACGCCGAGCUGGAGGCCAAGAUGCCUGUGAUCAUGAAGAACUCUGUGUACAUCCACAAGGCUGCCACCCGCCGCAUAAAGAGCUGCCGUUUCCACCGCCGGAGAGCCAGUGCUUCGUGGAAUGACUUGAAGCAGUCCCAGUCCUUCAUCUUCUCGCACACAGAAGCUGAAAACAUUGAGGAGCUGAAAGAAGCAGCCAAAAAACUGAGCCAGGACCAGCACUUCAGGGAAACUCUCUAUCAAAUCAUGAGGUCGCAAAAGGAUUCUGCUUCGGGGGACAAAAAGUGA